AUGCAAAUCAAAGUCAAAACAUUAACGGGAAGAGAUAUCUUAGUUGAUAUUGAACCACAAGAUAGAAUUAUUAGAAUUAAAGAAAUGAUGGAAGAAAAAGAAGGUAUAUCUCCAGCUCAACAAAGAUUAAUUUUUAAUGGUUCACAAUUGGAUGAUGAUAAAACUGUACAAGAAUCUGGAAUUCAAGCAGGUUCUUCAUUACAUUUAGUUUUAACAUUAAGAGGAGGAAAUUAA